CAGGUAAGCCUCAUUUCCGAACCCUGCUGAAAUCCUGCCACCCUCCGCGAUCAAGCUCAAUGUGACCGUGUUGCAAGCUUCCCUUCGUUGAUGGUACCGCGGUACAUGUACCUGGUGGUACAUGUCGACAACAAGAAGGGGAUGAUACACGCAUAUAUGAUUGACAAGACGACAAAGCAACCUUUGAAUCCCUUGGUGGAUAAAAGAGGAGAGAGAAACUCAGCAAAACCGGUCGGAACAGUGUUUUCCCCAUGUCCACUACCUUUCGUGUUGUGUGCGCCGUCAUUGGGCUGUGUGUCCUGCUACAACUUCUUGUGAUGACAAGAAUUGAAGAAACUGUUUCCAUUUUGGAGAGGUCCAUGUUGGAGAGGUCCAAUGAAGAGUUGUCAUCAUUGGUUGCUAUUCCCUCAACUCCUGUUACCUUUGAUCAGAGCAAACCACUCUUUGUUCUGAGUCUCCCCAAUCAUCAUAGUUUGGCCAUCCCACGGUAUUUCGAAUGCGCAGGAUACAAUGACACGACCAUGGGCCGUUAUUGGAUGCCCGUACCGAAAAAUCCUAGACGGAAACGUAUGACUACUGGGCAGUGUUUGCGAGCCAAGAUUGAAAGCAAAGGAAAGUCGGAUUGUGGGGACUACCAUGUCUGGAUGAAUACCCAAUACCUACGAGGACCCCGGCUCAACCCAAAAAUUUUCCGACGCCAUGAUUGUUUUGAUCUUGUCAUGUUUGACUCAGCUCUAGAAGAACUGGCAAGCAAUGCCUAUUCAAGAGGAGGCACAAUUUUGAACUUUGUUCGAGAUCCCAAAGAGUGGGCAGAGUCACUUUCUCCACAACUUCCACAAUACUGGCAUGAAUGGUGCAAUGACAGUCACAACCACACAUUUCCAGGAAUGGGAGAGUACGACAAUCAACAACAUCUACAUCACUUUUAUCUGAAAUAUCAGCAUCGACUACUGAAGUUUGCGGCAAUGAACCCUGAUUGGAACUAUGUGGAAAUUGAUCUGAGACGUUCCCGUGAUGAAGUUGGAUUCCAGUUGCAACAACAGCUGGGGUUUGACAAGAAAUGUUGGCUUGAAUCCACAAGUGGCUCUAUUGUUGGUGAUGAUCCCAUGGUACUGGCAAACCAACCACGCCCCAAUGACAUUACAUUUCCAGCGCUUGUGACGGCAAUGCCCAAGUCAGGUACUACAACGAUGCAUGAAUAUUUUGUAUGUGGAAUGGGCGACUGGACCAGUUCCCAUCAAUUUACAUGGACAACGCACGAAGCCAAGCGACCAGUUACACAACUAUCCAUUGGAGAGUGCAUGCUGGACAAUAUCAACGACAAUACCUAUCCUUUACUCAAAGGCUGUGGGAAUUCGUUGGUGUUUAGUGAUACAGGAGCAUUGCGUCUUGAAAACAAGACGAGGAAUCAGGAUUCAAUCUGCUAUUACCCCAUGGUGCACUUGCACAGUUUGGAACGGUUCUAUCGGAGCUAUCCCGAGGGAACCAUCAUUCACAUUGUGCGCAAUGCCACCUCGUGGAUAUCCUCCGUUAGGAGAUUUCACAGGUUGGAUAAAAGGUGGGUCAAGGGCUACAACUGCAGAGGUGGUGGAUUUCCCGAAGAUGUGAAAACAAGCGAUGAAGAAUGGGGGGAAUUCUAUGAUGGUGUUACUGAGAUAGUCCGUUCUUUUGCAAAGAGUCAUCCCUCAUUGACAUAUAUGGAAAUCCCAUUGAGUGAACAAGCUGAACCCAUGCUCUAUGAUGCCUUUCGAUUCCCAAGGAACUGUUGGGGGAAGUCUAAUGUGAACACGGGAGAAGCAAGGAGGAGGAAAAAGCGUCCACCAACCUCAUCAACCACAGCACAGAAUGCUACAGUUGCUGAGAACAUUCUGCCUCGGAAUGAGUGAUGGCUCCAGUACUCAGAGAUUGUUUUUGAAGACUGAUGAGAGACUCGAAACGGCUGUACUAUGUUUCCAAGGCUACAGUACGUGGUCGCAAUCAAAAUGGUGAGCAGUGUGGCGGAAUGAUACAAUCGCAAACUCGAGUGUGGUCAU